CGGGGCGGGGGCGAUGCGUCACUGAUCGGAGAAACAGGAUGAAUAUGACUCAAGUCCGGGUUCUGGUGGCUGCAGUGGUGGGUGUGGUGGUCGCCUUUCUCUAUGCCUCCAUCCACAAAAUCGAGGAAGGACACCUGGCUGUGUACUACAGGGGAGGAGCUUUACUAACUACCCCCAGUGGACCGGGCUAUCACAUUAUGUUGCCUUUCAUUACUACGUUCAGAUCUGUGCAGACAACACUACAAACUGAUGAAGUUAAAAAUGUGCCUUGUGGAACAAGUGGUGGGGUCAUGAUCUAUAUUGAUCGGAUAGAAGUGGUUAAUAUGUUGGCUCCUUAUGCAGUGUUUGAUAUUGUGAGGAACUACACUGCAGACUAUGACAAGACCUUAAUCUUCAAUAAAAUCCACCAUGAACUGAACCAGUUUUGUAGUGCCCACACACUUCAAGAAGUUUACAUUGAAUUGUUUGAUCAAAUAGAUGAAAACCUGAAGCAAGCUCUGCAGAAAGAUUUAAACGUCAUGGCACCAGGCCUCACCAUACAGGCUGUGCGUGUUACAAAACCCAAAAUCCCAGAAGCCAUAAGAAGAAAUUUUGAGUUAAUGGAGGCUGAGAAGACAAAACUUCUUAUAGCUACCCAGAAACAAAAGGUGGUGGAGAAAGAAGCUGAGACAGAGCGGAAAAAGGCUAUUAUAGAAGCAGAGAAGAUUGCACAAGUGGCAAAAAUUUGGUUUCAGCAGAAGGUGAUGGAGAAAGAAACUGAAAAACGCAUUUCUGAAAUUGAAGAUGCUGCUUUCCUGGCCCGAGAGAAGGCAAAAGCAGAUGCUGAAUAUUAUGCUGCACAUAAAUAUGCCACGUCAAACAAGCACAAAUUGACCCCGGAGUAUCUGGAGCUCAGAAGGUACCAGGCCAUUGCUUCUAACAGUAAGAUCUACUUUGGCAGCAACAUUCCGAGCAUGUUCGUGGACGCCUCUUGUGCUGUGAAAAAUUCAGAUGUUAGGACUGGAAGGAAAAGCUCUCCUCUCCUCUCUAAGGAUGCUGCUGAACCCUCUGGAGAGAGCCCUGUCCAAAAGAAGGAGAGCAUAGGUUGAUGCAAGAGGUGGAAAUGUUCUCCCAUAUCAAGAUGUGGCCCAAGGGGUUCAGUGGGAAUAAUGGUUACGCGACUCCCUGUGCUCGUGUGUUCUGCCUCUCCUGUGGUAGUCCUGGCUUAUCAGCUGAUUCCAGGAUAGAGCCAGCUAUCUGGCACCCAAAUGGUCUUUUCAGCCACAGUUUUAUCAAGUAUGCUGUGUGUGAUCCUUGCUAAACUGGUACUCAUGAAAGAAGGAAAGUCUAAUGCUAAGAUACUGCCUGCACUGGAAUGUUAAACACUAAAUACAUAACAAGCUGUGUUUUCCUAAGCUGAGAUCUAUUGAAUAAUGUUUACAUUGGUCCCAGGGGAAAUAUGUGCUCAGCCACUCAAGAGAUAGAAGGCCAGAGAGAAGACGGCCAGGAUGUGGUAAGUGUAAAGAAGACUCACUACACCUGGGACCCAGGCUCUCUCUAGGGUCUGCAGUGUACAUCCAUGUGAUUAGCAUCUAGUCUGCUGAAGUUCCCCAGGAAAUGAUCUUCCAGUUGAGCAACCAUUUACUUGAUACAAUUUGCACCUUUUUGUUUUCCUACAGUCAAGUUGGUGGCUUGCUGGGACAUGCACCUUGCCACUCAACCAGAUUCCUUGUAGAGAUUCCUAAUCACUAGUUUAUUGCAUUAGUAGGCUCAGAGGUAGAGCUUGGUUUGAAGUUUUGGAUGAGAUGAAACGUUGGCUUUGAAUCAAAGUUCUGGGGACCUGAAUUCUCCUCCAUUGGGUAAUGACUGUGUCACUGCCUCAGGCUGUGUGUGACUAAGGUACUUGGUUUCUUGUCACAGACAACUCCUUAUAAGUCACCUCUCAGCUCUGGCUGGCCAAGAGCAAGACAGGGCUUUACCAGAAAUAGGAGCAGCAUACAAUUCCUAGCUAUUCACUGCACAGUAUUGUAUCAUAACUGCAGGAAGUUUUUAAACUGGAUUUGGGGUACAUUCAUUUGCCCUAGUACCUCUGCCUAAAGGCUAUAUUCUAGGCUGCCAUGGUUACUAGCACACUAAUUCUCCUUCUCAAUAUUGUGCAUCAGGAGCCUACAUAGUGUGGAACAAAGAGUAACUUGGUCAUUUUUGUCUCCUUCCCUAUUGGCCCUGAGAUGCUGAAAUCAAAGUUGUUCUCCAGCUUCACCUUCCCUAGGAGAUUAGGAUUCCACUGACUUCCUGGGCAGCCAGUGGAUUUAAUCUUCCAUGAGAGGAUGACAGAUUAAUCUGUGGCUAUGAGAGACCUAUUUCACCUGGACAUUUUUUUCCUUAAAGAUUAACUUUCUUAAAAUAGUGUGCCCCAUAGUUAGGCCUGAGUAUGUGCAGCUUGUUAAGACCUUUUGUGUAGACUUUGUUCAAGCCAGACAGAAACGUCCUGGGAUCCUUCCAGCAACCUCUCAGCUGACUCUCAGUCUCAUGACAGUUGUGAGUUGUGCCAAACACUUUAUAUGGGAAUGGAAUCCCAGAUUUGAGUGGGUCUUUUCCUUGGGCCUUAUCCUAUAAAAGCAUUUGUAAUAUGGAGAGAAUCAUUUUUUCAUUUUUGCUCAUUAAUUGUAUGCAUUCUCUUUUUGAGUGAAUUUUGUGUUCUCUAGCCCUCAAAAGAACUUUUGAACUAAAAAUAAACUCUUCACCUGUCAUAUAUUGUUGCUGCAGAUAAUGAUUGUUGUGGGAAACUUGGAUCAUUGGUUUUUGUGCUUUCAUUACUAGAGAUGUUUUUUAUUCCCAUGAGCUAAAAGUUGCUGCCCCAAAGUGAUGGAUGUGGGUUAUCUUACAAGCCACAAGCCCUGGUGGCAGAGUUGAGAAGCAGGGAAAUCACAUGGUGAAGUUUUAAAGAAAGUACUUCCACUUGAAGUGUGCUUCCCUGUGCUCACUCGAGCACUAGGUCUAGUCCUCCUUCAGGGAUGUUCCUUUUGGCAAAUGUAUACUGUAAUCUUGAGUCUAAAUUUAUAUGUGAAAUGCUACCUUUUUUAAAAAAAAGAAACUAAAUAAAAUUAUUUUACUAUCAGUGA